AUGGCUACCCACACCGACGCUCCACCUCCCUACACUCCCGGAACACCAGAAUUCACUGAGAAUACGGCCACGAAAAUUGAGCAAGUGGAAGCUGCGCAUAGAGCUAUGAGAUUACAGCGCUACCUCCUCGAAAUCAUCGCAUACUCUCUCCCAGUCGACAUGCCGAAGCUCGUCAAAGCAACCCCCUUCGAAUGGCCAACCUACAACGGUUUUCGUGCCUCGCUCCUGCAGAAGAAAGAACGCGCCCACCUGUUGCAUCUCUCACAAACACACACCAAACAUAUUCCUAACAAACAUUCACUUAACACCACGAGCACACAUGUCACAAUAUGUCUACACGCACGGGAGAAUUACAUGCACCGUCGAAUCGCCACGUCGACACUAGAAGACGGCCGUAUGCUCCUUGUCGAAGCCGUCGAGCCCAGCAGAACACCCAACAUCGAUCCGGGCUUCACCCUCCAACUCAUGGCCGCGUACGCAGACGAGCACACAAAACCCUGGAGGCAGAAACGGAAGCGCAAUCUCAUCGCUGACCUCGUAAAGUACUCGUAUAUCUCAGACACUGGCUCGCAUACCUGGUUGUACCUCAACGUCAUCUCUCAACUUGUUCUGCAAUUGUCGCCCAAUCAUGUGGUACAGAAGACACUUGGAUUGGCACUAGAAAAGUAUGGCAGGGGACGGCAGCACCGGCAGCUUGGGUUUAUGACGGAUCUGGGUCCUCGGAAUGUCUACUAUAAGGGCUACAACAGUCUUGCUGAGUUCCUUACUGGUAUACCUAUGGUUGGAGAGAAUGGCACAUGGCAGCAGUUGUUGGCCUUGGUACCCUAUGAGAAUCCCGUUGUUCCCGUUACACCAUGGAUGUCUCGAUGA